CAAUAAUUUUGAGACGGAGGGGUACUAACUGUUACUAUAACAAUUGUUGCUUACAAAUCAAAGUGAAUAUUCAUAUACCUACUCAAAUUAUUAUAAAUCAAAGUGAAUAUAUAUGUACAAAUACUCAAAUUAUUGGUUCCUCUCACAUAUAAAUGCAUAUACUAGCUGUGUAACUUGAUUCCAUUGUACGAUGUAUAUUGAUGAGUAAUUCUGGGUCUUUCUUCUUCUCCCUUUCUUUUUUUCUUUUUCUUUUCCUGAGAAAUUUCCUGCCAUCUGUAUCGAAGUUCGAACCAAUUAAAGUAAUUUCUCGCAUAGAAGUAAGAGAGAGAGAGAGAAGAGAAACAAAUAAAAUACUUCUAGUAGAAAAAUUCACAAACCAAACGCCGCCUUAUUUUUCUCCCAGUCUUAUUUGGGGGAUAUUCAACUGAUAUACGCCAUCACCGUUGCUCUUUUGUCUCCUUAACAAUUAACACUAGCAAAUAAUAAAAAUGGUGAUUUGACAAUUCUUCUCAAUUUUUUCUUCUUUGGCAUUUCUUCGUUCUAACAGUGAAACGCAAUCAUUAGCCGUCUUCUUGUAGAAAACUUUAAUCCAGUUUGAUUAUUUUUCCGGUACACCGGCCGUCUGAAAAUCGUGUUUUUUUUUUCGGGAACCAAACCCAUAUGGAAACAGAGCCUCUUCUCCCAAUCAUCCACCCCAGGGGACCCUUACUUUCUCCGCCACCGUCACUUUCACCACUAACACUCUGCCCUUUGCCGGAAAAUGACGAAAUCACAGUCCCUCCGCCGUAUCCCAUGACCCCUUCCGAAUUGAAAGACCGGCUCGUAUUCGGGUUCUCGCCUUCACCAUCUUCUUCCUCCCUCUUGAGGGAUUCUGCUUGUUCUUCCAGUCUUCUUGAUGCAUUGAAUUUAAACACCAGUGAUUAUAAUUCUCCAAGAACAAUUCCUACCUCCCCGUUUUCUGCUUCUGAUGUUUUUGCCGAAAAAUGUAAUCUUGAACCACAAAUUCAGCAGCAACAGGCUUGGUUGACUGACCCAACUAUUCCAUCAAGGGGAAAAAUUCAUAGGUCCAAAACUGCCCCUGCUAUGGCGGGAAUCAACGAGGUUCUUCAAUCAUCAGUUCCUAAGGCGCCACCGAUAUUGGGUCAAUCACAAGUAAGACAAGCUGUAGUUUUGUUGAUUGUGUAUCUCACGCUUGGUGUGAUUAUAUACUCUUUGAACAGGCACCAUUUUAAGGCUAGGGAAACGCACCCUGUGGUUGAUGCUUUGUAUUUCUGCAUAGUCACUAUGUGUACAAUUGGGUAUGGUGAUAUAACCCCUGAUAAUCCUGCCACUAAACUCUUCUCUAUCUUGUUUGUACUCGUGGGUUUUGGGUUCCUUGAUAUUUGGCUCAGUGGCAUGGUUGCUUAUGUUCUUGACUUGCAAGAGAGAUACCUUUUGAGGAGGCUCAAAAGUGGGGAUGGUAGUGAUCCCGGGAGGUUUCUGAUUGACGUUAAGAAAGGGAGGAUGAGGAUUCGGAUGAAGGUGGCGUUGGCAUUGAUUGUUGUGAUUAUCUGCAUUGGAGUCGGAGUUGCUGUGAUGCAUUAUGUUGAGAAGCUUGGGUGGUUAGAUUCCUUCUAUCUGUCAGUUAUGUCGGUUACUACCGUUGGAUAUGGUGACAGGGCUUUUGAGUCCUUACCUGGUCGAAUUUUCGCAUCUGUUUGGUUGCUUGUCUCAACUCUCGCGGUUGCUCGAGCAUUUCUUUACUUGGCUGAGUUUAGAGUGGAGAAGCGCAAUAGGAUGAUGGCAAAAGUUGUUCUGGGCGAGGAUAUGAACGUUGAUCAAUUUUUGGAUAGCGGCUUUGUAACUAAAUCUGAGUAUGUUCUAUACAAGCUCAAGGCCAUGAAGAAAGUUUCAGAAAUCGAUGUCAUGCAGAUCUGUAAGCAAUUUGAACGGCUAGACACUGGGAACUGUGGGAAGAUUCAUUUAUCUGCUCUAUCGGAUCACUGAUUUGUCAUAAUGGAUCCCCUGAUGAUAUGCACUAAGGGUACAUCCCGAGAAGUCAGAAUCAGCAGUCAGGCUGCGAAAGUUGAUGCAUUGGGACUGCACGCUGGCUCAGUUUUGUGAUUAUUACUUCAUGAUCUUCCUGCCAACCUGGUUGCCAUGGCGUAGAGGUUAGGUUGUAAAUAUCCAAUAGUCAUUACUCAUUAGCGGCCUAGUAAAAGCGAGGUAGAGAAAUGAGCUUUAUGAAGUGUUUUCUAUUAGGUCAUUUGAGCAAAUUUCUCUCCUCAGAUUGGCUACUGCUGGACUGUUCUGCGUAGUGAAAUGGUCCAGUAAUUCAACGUGAACAGUGUACAUGUUCAAUCACUUCAUUUUGUCAAUUGCUAGUCAAAUCAAAUGGCAAACUGCGAAUAGCAAAUUGAUAUUUCAAAUGUUUUUUUUUUUUUUUUCCUUGUAGCCUACUUUAUUUUGUUUGCAGCUCAUGAAGUUUAUUGUAUUGGUUCU